GUAAACUUUCUGAAAUGGUGCUAAAAUACAUUUAGGGUACUUUCUCUUCUACCUCAUUGCGGGAGGUGAGCAUGGGAGAGAGUGCAACUGCCACUGAGAGAGAGAGAGAGAGAGAGAGAGAGAGAUUGGCUAGCGUUUUUCUUGUUCGAUGAGCGAACUGUCAUCAAGUAGGCUGUCUAAGCUCCAAAGAUAGGCGAAAGGAGAUCUGCAUGCUGGAUGCUCAUUCAUUAUGGGCAAAGAGGCGAUAAUCACACGUGAAAGCGCGAAACGCAGCAACAGCUGGGCUGAAGUGCGGACCGACAACAGAAGCCUACGACACUGCCUCAUGAAUCUAUGCGCAAAAUGUGUGAACGACUGCGUAAUUGCAUUGGCUUUUCAAACUGUUCUGUUGGGUAUUUCAAUUUAGGAUUCCUGAGUCGAAGGAUUUAUGGUCAGUUCUGCGAAAUGUGGAUUGCUGUCCUCAGAUCACCUGUUGUGCACAUGGUUCUGAAUCGCAAAAGAAUAUACUGUGUAAGAAUAUCUUCAGUUUAAAGCAUCAGUGAUGGCUUAGCAACGAUGUCACAGCUGUACUUCGGUCGAACGGACAACUCUUCGUACAGGGACCGCAUCCCUUUACGAAUAGUACGGGCUGAGUCUGAACUGUCUCCUCAGGAAAAGGCCUAUCUGACUGCAAUAGAGAAAGGAGAUUAUGCCAGUGUGAAGCAAGCGCUGGAUGAGGCUGAGAUCUACUUUAAAAUAAACAUCAACUGUAUCGAUCCGCUUGGACGCACGGCGUUGCUCAUCGCCAUCGAGAAUGAAAACUUGGAGAUCAUAGAACUCCUUCUCACUUUUAAUGUUUAUGUUGGAGAUGCCUUGCUCCACGCCAUUCGCAAGGAGGUGGUCGGCGCCGUGGAGCUCCUGCUCAAUCACAAGAAGCCUAGCGGGGGGAUGCAGGUUCCGCCCAUCUUACUUGACAAGCAGUUCUCGGACUUCACUCCAGACAUAACUCCCAUCAUCCUGGCGGCGCACACCAACAACUAUGAGAUCAUUAAGCUGUUGGUCCAGAAGGGCGUGUCGGUGCCCCAGCCGCACGAGGUGCGCUGCAACUGCGUGGAGUGCGUGUCCAGCUCGGACGUGGACAGCCUGCGGCACUCGCGCUCGCGCCUCAACAUUUACCGGGCGUUGUCCAGCCCCUCGCUCAUCGCCCUGUCCAGCGAGGACCCCUUUCUCACGGCCUUCCGCCUCAGCUGGGAACUGCAGGAGCUCAGCAAGGUGGAGAACGAGUUCAAGUAUGAGUACGAGGAGCUGUCGCACCAGUGCAAGCAGUUCGCCAAGGACCUGCUGGACCAGACGCGCAGCUCCAGGGAGUUGGAGAUGAUCCUCAACUUCAGGGACGACAUGGAGCCGCUGGAGGAGGAGGCGAACAACGACUUGGCACGUCUAAAACUCGCCAUCAAGUACCACCAGAAGGAGUUUGUGGCCCAGCCCAACUGUCAGCAGCUGCUGGCAUCGCGCUGGUAUGACCAGGUCCCUGGCUGGAGGAAGCUCCACUGGAUGGGCAAGUCGGUCACCUGCAUCAUCGUCGGCCUGCUCUUCCCGCUCUUCUCCCUCUGCUACCUGAUGGCGCCCAAGAGCCCGCUGGGGCUCCUCAUCCGCAAACCCUUCAUCAAGUUCAUCUGCCACACGGCAUCCUACCUCACCUUCCUCUUCCUCCUCCUGCUGGCCUCACAGCACAUCGUCUCGCAGGAUGACGACACGCUGGCCGACAGGCAGGGGCCGGCGCCCACCAUUGUGGAGUGGAUGAUCCUGCCCUGGGUUUUAGGUUUCAUCUGGGCCGAGAUUAAACAGAUGUGGGAUGGGGGCUUUCAAGAUUACAUCCAUGACUGGUGGAAUCUCAUGGACUUUGUCAUGAACUCCCUUUAUCUGGCCACCAUCUCUCUGAAGAUCGUUGCAUACCAAAGGUAUGGUGGCACCAAGGUGGAGAGGUGUGAAUGGGACAUGUGGCACCCCACGCUGGUGGCUGAGGCGCUCUUCUCCAUCGCCAACAUCUUCAGCUCGCUGCGCCUCAUCUCGCUCUUCACGGCCAACUCGCACCUGGGCCCGCUGCAGAUCUCGCUCGGCCGCAUGCUGCUGGACAUCCUCAAGUUCCUCUUCAUCUACUGCCUGGUCCUGCUGGCCUUCGCCAACGGCCUCAACCAGCUCUACUUCUACUACGAGACGGACGCCAAGGACGAGAAGGACAAAUGCAAGGGCAUCCGCUGUAAGGAGCAGAAUAAUGCUUUCUCCACGUUGUUUGAGACUCUGCAGUCUCUCUUCUGGUCUGUGUUUGGCCUCAUCAGCUUGUAUGUCACCAAUGUCAAGCCAGAGCAUGAGUUCACCGAGUUUGUUGGCGCGACCAUGUUUGGAACUUACAACAUCAUCUCCCUGGUGGUUCUUCUGAACAUGCUCAUUGCCAUGAUGAACAAUUCCUACCAGCACAUCGCUGAUCAUGCUGACAUUGAGUGGAAGUUUGCCAGGACUAAGCUAUGGAUGAGUUACUUUGAAGAAGGGGGGACCCUUCCUCCUCCGUUCAAUAUCAUCCCCAGCCCAAAGUCCCUCUGGUACCUCUUUAAGUGGUUCAAGAGGCACCUCUGCAGUAAGAAACAUAAAGAAAGGACAGAGACUUUUCAGUCAAUUGGGAGACGUGCUGCUGAGAACCUGCGAAUCAAUCACCAGUACCAGGAAGUUCUCAGGAAUUUGGUGAAGAGAUAUGUGGCUGCAAUGAUCAGGAAUGCAAAGACCGAGCAAGGACUGACAGAAGAGAAUUUUAAGGAGCUGAAGCAGGACAUAUCCAGCUUCCGAUAUGAGGUGCUUGGUAUGCUGAAAGGUGUCAAACCUGGCAUGCAGGCAGUCAAAGGAGGCGCUGGGUCCUCGAGCCUGCCAUUUCCCGAGCAGCCUCGUAGGUGUUCCGUGGUGGCGGCUUCCUCUGGGCAGCUGAAGAGCAAACUCAACCUGCUGACCGCCACCUCUGUGCUGCAGCAGCAGGGAGGUGCCAGAGCUGCUCCCCGGCCGCCAGAGACCCUCGGCAGCCUGGCCAACGGCUCGGUCCCCCGCCUGGCAGCGGCCUCCUCUGCGGCCACCGUGGAGGAAGAGGAGGAGGAACCACGUGGGAACGCAGCGGGUGCCUCUGACCACAACCCAGGCGUAGUGCUGCAGCUGCGCCACCGAGGCGCGGGCCAGUCACGGAUCUACUCCGUGUCCGAGGAGGUAAGCGAGUGGCACGACGACGGAGAGCCGUCAUCGUCGUCGAGGAGCAGGGACGGUGACGAAGAUGGGGAUGCGGGUGCCGUGGAGACCGCGCGGCCUUCCAGCGUGAAAAAGAAAGAUGAAAGGAAAGACUUGCAGGAGGAGGGAGAGCCGGAGGAAGAUAAAGAAGGAGCCAAAUAGCUGAAGGGGACAGAGAGGCUGAGCAGAGACAAGUGUUCCGUGCAGGAAGGAAGGAACACAAAGGGAGGAGAGAUGAAAGGCAGCGCACACAUACAGAGAGACAGAGAGCUGGGAAGAAACGGUGACAAUCAAAUGCUUUCAGGAUGCUCAAGAGGUAACCUCAGAGCCCGACUUCCUCCUGGAUGACUAGAGCACAGUGAAGCAGAGCAAACUUGAACUUGUGCUGAGUCUUUUCACUAUGUGACUUAUGAAGCUCCAGAUGGUAUCUUAACCACACGUAAUCCUCCAAAACUUAUUUAGAAGCAUUUAGACUGUUUGACCAGCUAGGAUGCCCGAUAGUUGGAAACACCAGUACUUUUUGUAUGGCUGAAUUUGUUAGUAAAGGUGUGUCUGUAGCACCUGUAGAAAUCACCUCUUUGAGAUAGAUGACAAGUGCAGGAUCAUAUGAAAUGCACAAAGAUUCAUGAUGCUGGAUAUUAGCAAACCUUUUAUGAAUGUUUAGACUGAAAAGAGGGUGGCAAAUUGAUUGUGAGGUAAUCACUAACCUGAAUUGUCUGACAUGCUAGUGAUUGUACCAAGAAGUUUGGUGAUCAUGAUGACUAUGGUUUCUGAAUGAAACAUAAAAUGCCAGUGAAAUGUUCUAGGUGUUUUACUUAAAUCUUCUGGAAAAAGACUUACAUAACCAUGUCAAAUAUACCAUGGUAGAUGGAUGGUAGAUAGAUACAAUGCAUACAGGAAGUAUUUGCAGCGCUUCACUUGUUCCAAGUUUUGUUGUUUCAGACUCAUCUUAAAAUGGAUUCAAUUCUUUAUUUUUUCUCAUCAAUCUAUG